UCUCUGAAUCUUGCUGACCUCAUUACUACUUGCCAUCUUUUACUCUAUCAAAAAUCCUCAACCCACUUCCCCAAAACUGAAACAAACAAAAACAAACCUAUUGAUCUCUUCCUCUGAUUCAGAUUUGAAACCUAAAAAUGGUUCCUACAUAUCCAAAUUACUGGAGAAAAAGAACAUCAGUAAACCCACAAGCUCUUCUUCCUCUGAUGAUCCUCUGCUUCUUCUUCAUUCUCCACUGCGACGCCUCGAGAGCCUCGUCACCAUCAAGUGUUUUCUACAGAAACCCCAAUAAUGAUCACAACAAAGGCACCAUGAGGAGAGGCCAUUUCUUAGGGUUCUUGCCAAGACACUUCCCUGUUCCAGCUUCUGGUCCUUCACGAAAACACAACGACAUUGGUCUACAAGCCUUGUUGUCUCCAUAAUCACACUUUUUCUCUCUAGAGUACUUUAUAUAUAAUAUAAUGUAAUGGCUGCACUCAUACACAAGAUAACAACAGUAGAAGACCAUUCAUCGAUCUCUGAUGUUUGCUUUAACAUGUACGUAAGGUUUCAGAUGUUUGACCUCUUCUGAUUGUUCCUCGAUCUUUUUGUUAUUUUUUGGUUUAUGUAAACUUAUUUAGAGUAGAAGUAAAAGAUAUUGUGGCUAGGUCUGGAUUUGUUACCCUUACUAUGUUUCUUUUGUAUGUAUAUGUAAUUAAAGUUUACGAGAUGAGGUAUUUGAUGCAACAAUCUCGUUACUUCCAUACGUAAUUAACAUCUUU